GGAGUCUAUAUAACGGCAGUCACUGUCUGACUCGGCUCAGUAGCAGAUCAGCUUCCGUGGUGUGAGGAUGUGUAUUGUUGAAUUGGUGCGUUUGCGUUGUGGCGGGCCCGUGUGAUUUUAUUUCCCCAACCUUAACCGGAUUCUGGUGAUUACUAAAGGACCGCUUUAACUUCCUGCGAGAAUGAUCCGACAAAGCGAGGAACACUUGUCAAGUCUGUACGUCUUAAUAGCGAUCGCAACUCUACUACCUUCUAAAGUGUUAGGUCGAUGCUACUUCUUCUUCGACUCGCGGGCGUCGACUUCGGGGAACUUCUCGUCGCCCGGGUGGCCGAAUCCUUACGAGGCGGGGCUCCGUUGCACGUACGUCUUCCAGGGGGACAUGUUCCAGGCGGUCAGGAUUGUCUUCCAGUCCUUCCAUCUGGAGGAACCAUACAGAGCAGGUUGCUUGGCGGAUUACCUGGACGUCACGACCGUGGACAUCGCGGGCGUCCGGGACUUCGUCGGGAGGUUCUGUGGGCGUGAGGUCAGGUCGCCCAUUCUGACUCUUCACUCACGCCUCGAGGUCUUGCUGGUGACCAACGAGGUCGUCCAAGCUCAGGGAUUCAACGCCUCCUAUUCCUUCGUUCAAGAAGAAACCAUCUAUCCCUCCGCGACAAUGAGCAGGGGCAGGAAGGUGUGUGGAGGGCUGGUGGAGGGAAGGGGAGGGAAGCUCAUAUCUCCUGGAUACCCAAAGGCCUUCCCUGGGGGCCUGUCCUGCUCGUGGCUCCUGAGAGCCCGCCCUUAUCACCACGUCUUCCUCAGGAUACAGCAGUUGCAGCUGCAAGGAAGCAUAGCCAAUUGCCGACGAGCUGAGCUGGGCAUCUACGAUGGGUAUCGAACCGCCUUGAAAACCUCCAGCGAGAGCCUGAAGACCUUCUGCGGGGACCUCGACUAUUACAGAAACCAGGCUGAGAAGGUGGUGCUGAGCCCCAGGAACAGGCUUCUCAUAACAUUCAGAACCGGGGAAGCAUCUGACAAUACCACGUCCCUGGCUGGGUUUCACCUUGUUUGGACAGAGGUCUCCCUCACCGACAAAGGCAAUUGCAGCAUGCUGGGCGGAUUUUGGUGCCAGCACUCGACCUACUGCGUGGGAGUCAUCCACGGCGGCGGAUGCAUCAACACGGCGAACUUCUGCAUUGACCCCAGCCUCGUCUGCGACGGGCAGCCGAACUGCUCCACGGGGGAUACCACGGAUGAGAACGACUGUGGCGACAUGAUCAUGACGGUGACUGGCAUAGCCCUCGGGACCUGCGCCGUUCUGGUCGCCGUGUCGGGAGCAGCCAUCAUCUGGCUGAGAGGAAGAUGCUGCCGUCGACCUGUCAGGUCGUCCUCCAAUCCGUCAGUCUUGGUGAAUUCGUCAACGGCAUCGCAGCCUCUCGUGACGUCUCCUUCGACUGCCUCCUCGUCUGGCCUUCCUAAUAAUAUUUCCAGAUCUGAUAAUCCGGCAGAAAUCUCUUGGGUAGAAGUCCCUGUACCUACCCCUCCUCCUCCACCCUUUUUCUCCUCUCCUUUCAAUCACAAACAUCCGCCAAAUCCUCCGCUUCACACUCCUCUGACUAUCCACACUCCUCUCAUUCACUCCCGUUCCCCCUUCCCGCCCCCGAAUUCUCCGGUCCCCACCCCCCUACCAUCGCCAUUACCGUCUCCCACCUUCCCUUCAACUCCAACCAAAUCCCACUCCCUCCAGAAUCUGACCGCCCCUCCGUCGUCGUAUGCGCUGCUACCUCCACCCACUCCCCCUCCCUUGCACCACUCCCCCCCUUUUAAACGCCCACUUUCACCCGGGAAAAAGUCGGCUCAUGGGUCGUCCAAUUCUCUUCGGCCUCGACCCGUCUCUCCCAAAACGCCCUCCGUGUCUCCGGGAGACGCCCCUCGCACGUCAUUCCACGAGGGCCUCGACUCUCCUCAGGAGGACCCGUCCUCCUCCUCUGAGUGGCCGGGGUUAUCGCCGCCGCCCACCCCUCCGCCCCCACCAUUUCGGACCCCAUGCAGUCCCUGGUUAGCGGCGAUUAGGGUCCCUCCAUCUCGGACCCUGAAGAAGGAAACCAACAGGCUGUCGGAUGCGUACGGGACUUAUAAAUCGGCUUACGAAAGGGAACUGAAUUCCGCGAAGGCCUCACACGAAGAGCUCAACGUCUCGGCUUCUGAUGCCGGGAGCUCUAAAAGCCAUAAUUCCUCGCAGCUCAGUAAUGUGCAGACUUCAUCCACAGCGUCAACUGCCGUGGAUACAUCGAGGCUUCCAUCAUCUGGGGACACGCUAAACAAUAGGUCGGGGCAUAAACACGUUAACGAGUGUAGGCGCCAUUCACUCCACAAGCACUGCCCUUCCUCAAAAUCUCACUGCUCCCAAUGCCCUCACAGGUCAGCCGGGUGCAUCUUGCACCUCCAGAACCACAGCUCUGCUGCCCAGAGCUCUUCUGCCCAGUCCCCGGGCCUGGUGCGCAGUCGCAGCCUGCCCAGACACCGCACAAAAGUGCAGCCGAGCUCGUACUUUUUAUACGACAGCAACCCGGGGCUCCUCACCCCGAGCGCCAAGAGAGCGAAGUCUUUUUUAGGAGGGUGGCAUGAGGACUACCAAGACGAGGACAGUCCAGAGGCGACCGUCUGUUUCCCGUGCGUGUCGAGUAAGUCCAGGUCUUUGUCGAAGACGAACAUCAACAUCACUCGACGCGAGUACCCAAACCAGCCGGACAAAAGAAGAGCGUCGCAUAGCGCAGCCCGCGCGUCCCCACAUCAAGCCCACCACCACCACCACCACCAUCACUGGAACCAACAUAACCACCACUGCUGUCAGCGACGUCAUACUCGCGUGCAUUCCAGUUUCGAACUGAGGAGUUGAUGGCAUCAGAUGUAGGGAAUUUUAAAUUUCGUAGUUACAAAGAGUAGCGUUCUAUUUUUGUUGGAUCGAGGUAGUGUAAUUAAUCCAGCGUCGUUUAUUUACCUUUUUUUUCUUGUAUGCGUCCCAACCUGCCAUGAUUAGAUUCAGAAUUUAAUGUGGAUAGACAGACGAGUGAUUGAAGGACAGUUGUUUACAACACAGACUUUGAUUCAAGGUGGACUGGUUUAUACAGUACAGAACAGAAUUGCAGAACAGCUAAGUUAUGAAGUAAGGAAGCGGAUAAAAUGGGUGGACGAACUAUACAGAAACUUUCAAUAGAAUUGAAUGAUUCUAUACAGGAAAAGGUAUCUGAUUUAUAAUGUAGUACAGGAACUGGUGUGAGUAACAAAGUGGUAAAUGAACAAAGUAUUUAAAUAAGUAAAAGUACCAGAAUAUUUCAUCAUACAGAAACUCUUAAUAGAAUUGAAUGAUUCUAUACAGGAAAAGGUAUCUGAUUUAUUAUGCAGUACACUGGUGUGAGCGUAACAAAGUGGUAAAUAAACAAACAAAGACUUUAAAUAGGUAAAAAUACCAAUACAUUUCAACAUUACAAGUACCAAAGGCUGUAAGAUUCAUUUUAAAGAUGGUCAGUUCAGACUCAUAAGAGAGGAAAAGGUGACGAAAGUUCUGCUGUCAACUUUCUGUAAUUUCAGACGAGGGUGCUACCUGUUAACGAAAAGCACGCUAUCCCAUACCACUUACGUCAUGUGCAAUGAAACAUACUCUAUGUUGGUACAGCCCAUCAUAGCUUUCUUUAGUAAAAUCUGUGAUACGUGUGUUCUUUGAAUAAAUCAUUGUUAUUGAAUACCGAGCAAUAAAUCUGUGGCCAGUAGACAAUGCUCAUUUAUUGGUUAAGUAAACCGGUGUGAGUUGAUUUUUCAUGUCAUGUAUACUAUGUCUAUGCUUACUUAUACUUACCAUAGGAAUGGUAUCUAGCUUAUGGUAAUGUCCUACGUAUUACUUUUGUAUAAGUUGAUCAUUCAGGAACUAGUGCCAAAAGUUCAACAUUUUAAAAGUAAUAAAGAGAACGUUCGUACAAAAUACUGUCUGAUAAUGAAUUCAUUUCUAUUAUUCCAGAACGAUUUAGUAACUAACGCCAGAAUUUCAGUAUUCAAAAUUACCAGCAAUUAACCAGAGCUAAAUCCCAUUACGCUGCCGCAUUUAAUGAUUAAUGUAUGAAGUCCAUCAUUAUAGAAAUGCUGUUUAUUGAAUAACCCAAAAGUCCAAGGGUCUACAAUUGUUUCAGGCGCCAUAUGAAAAUGUAAACAGAAAAAAGGUUUUCGCGUCCUGGGAUAAAACAUUUUCUGAUUCUGGUCAGAGAAGACUGAGGAAAGUAACAGGAAAGUAAUGGCUUUGUACUGAGAUCACGCAGGUGUUCCAUUUCACCUUAAUUGUUGCUCGGGUAUAAUUGGGGAGAGUGUCUGGUAUUCAGAAUGUGUGUCUGGGACAUUGAGAAUUCAGCGCGAACCGUAGUUACUUUGAGUCAGGCCGGAAGUAGGUCAUUCUGGGCUUUGUAUGGUACGGUUAAAUUCAGUUGUCGUUCCACUAUCUUGUUUUUUUUUAUAAUUGUUUACAGAUUACUUCAUGUGACUCCAUAGUUUUCCCAUGGAGAAAUAUAUAAAUAUAUAUUAUGUCACCAUUUUUCUCAUUUAUAUUCAAUGACUUUCGUCUCUCCUUUGGGAAGAGAGAGAAUGUUGAAGACGCAUUUCUUGGUGGCGAGCCGCCAACGCCCUACUUGACAGCAUUUCUCAUUUUUUUUCUUGCUUUUGCCUCCUUUUUUUCUUACUCUUCCAUGAUUUUCGUAAUAAUGUAAUUUGCACAAAAGGUUCUUUAUUUUUCUUUCUUAAUAAAACUGCCAA